UAGCAUUUCUUUGAUGCUAAAUAAAGUGGCAUGGUAUACAUAUAUUCGUUGACAUAGGCGAGCUGUCUCUUGAUACGUAAUGAAAGCCUUUCUUUUUAUGUGCCUGUGACUAUGCAUUAUAUUUUUAUCUUUAUCUUCCUACUCUGCAAAUAGUUAUCAACUAUUUGCAGAGUUUAGUUCAUUUGUAACAUUUUUCCCAACAGAGAUGAGUCUGCAUACGAAGAAUUUACUAAAGGCCUUGUCGCCAGAGACCGUCAAAAACAUGGUGAAAAACGAGUUACAAACGUACGAUGCUGACAAAACCGGAAGAACGGAUUAUGCUCUUGAGAGUUCAGGUUUCGCAAUCUCCAAGAAUAUAUUUUUAUUGUUCUAUACGGAAUCUGUAUUAAUUAAAGCCCAAGAUCUUAUGGUACUAAGAUAACAAUCUUGUGCAUAAAUAGCACAAAAAGGGGACAUCAAGCUUUUUUUAUUAAUUUUAAAAUAACUCCUAUUAAGCUUUUUUUAACUUUCUUCAGGCGAUAUCGCAUAAACAUUAUAACAAGAAAAUUCUUCCUCUCAUAAUCAUGGAUUAAUUCUCUUUUAAAAGAACUUCUUAAGAGUUUAUAUUGGAACACGAAUUAUGAAAAAACCAAAUUAUAAGCAUCCAAUGCAUCAUUUUCAAUAUAUAGUUACUACAGUCUCUUAUCCGUAGGUGGUGCAAUCUUGUCUACACGAAACACCGAGUCCUACUCAAUUGGCGCACCCACACUCAACUUAUUCGGC